CCGGAGGCCCAUAAAUGGGGCGUGUUAGGCGGGCGGGUCCCGAUCGGUCCAGCUCUGUCUUUGUCGUCAUCACCUUCGCCCCGGCGCUCUUCGGCGCUCUUUGGUGCUCUUCGGCGCUCUUCGGCAGUCUUUGGCACUUUUUUGGCAAUGUCGGAAGUGAUGCAGGACAAGUCCAAAGUCAAGUUGUCAUCUCCGGCCUUUCCCGACAAAUCCCGCCUUCACAGUUCGGGGUUCCGGUCCAAAGGCUUCGCCAUCACGGACCUGCUGGGCCUGGAGUCCACGUCGGCAUCAUCCGGAGGGGGCGAGCCUCAGGGCGGCGGGGGCGGCGGCGGAGGUCUGGGCCAGAGUCUGGGGGGCGCCUUCUCCUUCCCGGGGGCGUCCCUCCCCCUGGGUCUGGGCUUCCUGUGCGGUCUGGCGGCCCAGCAGCCGCCCGGCUCGGCCGGAGGACCCCCUUGCUUCCUGCCGGGCCACCUGCCCCUCCUCCAGAGACCCGACGGCCACUUCAUGCACGGCGCCGACCCCCACAGGGAUGCCUUCUCCGAUGAGGAGGUUCUGUCCGACCACAACGAGUCCAAAAAUUGUUCAUCGUCUCAGAAGAGGAAGAAGCGGCGCCACAGGACCGUGUUCACGUCCCACCAGCUGGAGGAACUGGAGAAAGCCUUCCACGAGGCCCACUACCCGGACGUCUAUGCUCGAGAGAUGCUCGCCGUCAAGACGGAGCUGCCCGAGGACCGCAUCCAGGUGUGGUUCCAGAACCGGCGUGCCAAGUGGCGCAAGCGCGAGAAGUGCUGGGGCCGCAGCAGCGUGAUGGCGGAGUACGGCCUCUACGGGGCCAUGGUGCGCCACUCCAUCCCGCUUCCCGAGUCCAUCCUCAACUCGGCCAAGAACGGCAUGAUGGGAUCCUGCGCCCCCUGGCUGCUCGGUGAGCCGCAUGCACGUCAGUGCCACGCACACGCACCACACGAGCACCCACCCACGCACGCCUUCUACGCACACACACAAACCUCCUCCUUUUUUAUUUCGGUUCAUUGGACACUUUCGAUUGUCCGUUGGUUUGAGUGCGAUCGCCAACGGUUGUUCGUCUAUGCGUGCCCUGCGAUUGUCUGGCAACCAGUUAGGGGUGUACCUCACACUCAAUAUCCCUGUGCAAGAGGCAGAGAUUGCAAAGGCGCACCCCCCCCCCCAAGUAGAAUUUGCAUGAUGGGUUUGUCAAAAAUGACAGUGCGUGAAAAUGCUGACUGUGGCUGGAAGGCCGACUUUGACCUGAGGACACGGCAACAAGCUUCCAGAGAGAAGGGAGACUUUUUAGAGUGUGUGUGGGGGGGGGGGGGGGGGAAUUGUGUGAUUUUGUACACAGAAAAACACACGCAGUAUUUGGACAGAUCAUUUUGCUGUCGCACUGCUAGUUGUAGCGCAGCGAUAGUCAAGGUGCACAACGUGGGCUCCCUCUAUUGCGAAUCGAGAAAGAAUCAACAUUAUGCAGCUAUUUAUCCUCUGCCAAGAAUGACACCUAUCAGACUACUGCUGAGGGGUUGCGACAUCUCCCACUGUCUCAGCAUAUCCUGUAUCGCCGCGUUGGUGUUAUUCUGCCCCCAGGUGGCCAAGGUGCGCACAUUACAAGGAACAGCACAACAUCAAGUGAAUUGAAGCUAACUGUGGGACCAAUGUCAUGGCUGCAUGUUUUGCUCAAAGCUGAUGAUAUGGCAUGCUAUUAAAAAAAUAAUAAUAAAAAUAACUGCCAUUUUGAGGGGGAAGGCCGAAAGGGAUUCGGAGAAUUAGUCUCCUCAUUUCAAUGGAGAAAGCUGACUUGAGAUGCAAGUGUUUCUAGUCGUAAGCAUUGUCACGGAACAAAUUCAACCUUUGCAUGACAACAGGCUGAGCAAAACGUGGACAGAGUAGAACUCCUCGUUGCCUGCGCAAAUGUCAUCUUAUCCUUCAAA